AACGAAUAUUCAUCCGCGGUAUCCAGCUCCGAAUCAACCCUCUAAGAACGACAGACGGAAGAGUUCGGCAUGGGUAUGGUGACCAGACGAUCAUGUGUCAUGGAAACCAUAGCCAACCGUCUGGUUGCAAGAAACCCACGAAACCUCCCCGUUGCCUGGGAUACACCAUCUUGGAGGGGUUGAGAGCACCUACUUCUACGUCGUUCAUCGAACCUGACCUAAUCGCUGUUCGAGAUCGCCGAGGAACUGUAACAGAUGUCAGCAUAGUCUCGGAUGGGUGUGGAGUGACUUUCCUCGCCAUAAUCUUAGCCCUGCGUGCAAUCGGUUGUGAUGCCGAUCCACCAACCGAUGAUCACUCUGUAUCGAGGGAUCUGCUUUCCUCAAUCCGCAAAGGGUGUAUGAUGUACACUGUGAUGGACACUGGGAGCAAAACUCUCAUACGCAUUUUGUUUACAAAAACUGAAUAUCCAUCUUCUCCUCAAAUUCGUCUUUUGGAACUUUCCUGGAUUUUCAUUGAAUGUUGCUCAAAUGCACGCAAAUGCCACUCCACAAACGCCGUAAUAGAUCUCACUUUUCAAAAGACGCAAAGCGGAUCUUUGAGAAAACAUACUACUCGCAUGCGCCCAUCAAUAUUAUCCACCGUUAUACUGGUUGCUGAAAAUCCAUCGACAGCCCAAGACUGGUUUCGCCCUUCUUGGGGCUCAUCAGGUAGGCGCAGUCCCCGGGUUUCCGUCAACCUUAUGUUCUACUUGAAACCAAAUUGCACGAGACUAGUGAAUAUACAGUCAUCUGCAAACUCUUUCGAGAGACUCACCUGGAACCCAGCUGAAUCUCUCGUUUAUGAUGUUCUCAGGCAACUGAAUGUGCUGCACCAGGCCGUCUCAUGUUUCAGUCGCUACGAUAUUU